AUGAGUCUUCAUGGCCUCGGGGUGAUUGGGGCCCAGGUGGCCGCGUCCAUCAAGGGCGACGACAAGCACACGUCCACACCGAAGAUACGGUCCCCUCCUGUGUCUGUGCAGUCAACUCCCAGAAUUGAUAUCGACCAUGCUCACUCUCCGGACUUUGAUCCGUGCAUCGGUGCCAAGCCAUACUCCCCGUUCUAUUCGCAUGGUACACCAACAACUUCCUACGAACAGCUCACAUUUGAAACCAAGAACGCUGGCUGCCCGCGCAGUGGGCUACGAGAUAUUGAGAACGCAGGACCAUACGCCUUUCGUAAUGAGAGCCCCCGACGCUCGAAGCUAUGGGAAGGGAAAAAGCAGCCCCGAUCAUGCAUGCAUUCGUUGAGCACCCGACAGCGCAUGAUACUCAAGGCAAUCAUUGCGGUGGUGACCGUUGGAACCAUGAUCGCGAUCGCAUUAGGGAUCACCUAUGCCGUUGGUGGCGCAGUUUGGAAAUCCAGUGCUGAACAGACAUCUCUUCGGCGAUAG